AUGGUAUUUAUAUUAAGAACGAUAAUUAAUAAGUAUAUCCAAUUUUUUUUUAUAUACAUAAUUUUUUUAUAGAUUGACUAUAUUUGCUAAGAAUUAUCAUUUUUAGCAGAUGUUUCUUAAAAUAGAAAUUUUUUAUGGAGAAGUGAACUUAUUGAUUGCUUUUCUUGUGAAUUUCUUCUAUAAAAUAUUUGGAAUGAAAAUGAAUUUUUUAAUAAUUAAAAAUUAAGAAGUUGUUAUAAUUAACUGGCUAUUAGUUUGUAUAUAGAUCACGAUCCUUUAAAUAGAGUUAUUGUUCCUAAUUAUUGUCGCAUUUUUAGUGAUGUAUAUAUAUAUAUAUACAUAUAUAAAAUAUUAUUAGAUAUGGAAUUUUCAUUAUAUUCAAGUUUAUUGGAUAAUUUAAUGAAUUUUUUUGCUUAAAAAUGUGAAAAUAUUACUUAAUAAUAUUAUAAAUAUAGACUUUUGGAAGAAAAUUUUUUUGAUAAUAUUGAAGAUAAAGAUGAAAACAAUAAAGAAAGGGGACUUGAUUUGUUAAAUUCUGAUCUUUUUUUACAUUCUACAAAUAUGCUAAAUCUUUUGUUAUAAUUAAAUUUAUUUAAUAUUCUUGGAAAAUAAAAAUUUUAUGCUAAUAUUAUCUAAUUUCUUACAUAAAUAAUAUGUUAUGACAGAAUAAAUAUUUAGUUUUCAAGCACAGCUUAUACAAGGUCAAUAAAAUAAUUCGAAUAAACUUAAGAAUAAAAAAAAGAUAAAAUUAAUUUAAAAAAAAUAAAAAUUAAUUUAAAUGAUUUUAAUAUUUUUGAUUAAAUUAAUAUUUCUGAUUAAGAUGAUGAUGAUGAAGAAGAAGAAGAAUAACAAUAGAAUUUAAACCUUUCUUAAAAAUAGUUAGACGAAAAUUUAAAUUGUAAUAAUCCUUUAUUGAGAGGUUUUUUGAAUAUAAACAGUUUAUUUUCAAAAUAUUCAAUUUAACAAGAAAACGAAUUAAAUUGUGAUAUAAAAAUCAAACUAGUAAUAUGUGAUAUUUUCGAAUAAUUUUUAAAUAUGAGACAAGAUUAUUUAAUUGAAAAUGUAAUGGUAUGGUUUAGUGAAACAAUUGUAUAAACUGAUGACAAAGAAUUAUUAAUAUAACUUUUCGAAGAUGGAUUUAGUAAAAUAUUUCCCAAUAUAUCUAAAACCGGUUUUUAGGAUAUAGAUGAUGAAUUUAAACCUAAAAACGAAAAUAUUUUAAUGAAAAAUCUAUUAAUAAAUAAUAUUAUGAAUAUUAAAAAUAAUUUUGUAAAUAUGACUGGAAUAAAUAAUAAUAAUAAUAAUAAUAAUAAUAAUAAUAAUAAUAAUAAAUAAAAUCGUUUAAAACCUUUUAUUUUUUAGAAAUUUUCAAAAACUAUAUAAGAAGAGUUUCUGAGUAUUGAUUCUUUCCUCAGUGUGGCUUUUUGUAAAGAAAACUUAGAUAAUGAAAAAAAUAAUCCUUCCUAUUGUAUUUUGCCGUUUUUAUUAUAAACAUUUUUACUCAUACAUAACCCUGAGUUAGAAAAAAAAGUAUUAUCAAUUAUUUUAAGAUUGUUUAAUUAAAGGUAAGAAUUAAAGGAUAAUUUAAAUAAAUUGCAAGUUAUUUUUGAUGAAGAUAGGAAAAUAUUGUUUAAUAUUUUAAAAGAAGAAGGAUAUAAUUUAUCGCAUUAUAUUGAGUAGACGGAAGUCUGGUUUAUAAAAUUUAUUAAUAAUAAAGUUGAUUAUGAAAAAAUGAUUGAAAUAUAAAAAGUCUAAAAAAUCAUUAAAAAUAUUAAAGAUGCCUUUUUCUAUAAUUUAUCUUAUAGCGGUAACUAAAUUAUUAUUAAUCAUUAUAGUUCUAAAAAAAUAAUUGAUCCUAUCAAAUAGAAAAUUUUUUACUUUCUUAAAACAUAUGAACCUAUUAUAUCAUUUAUAAAAGAUGGAAUUCAUCAUUUUGAUAUAAUAAUGAAAAGCGAUGAUUAACCUAAUGAAAAAAAAAGAUUAAUUUAUGAAAUAUUUUCAAAUGCUUAUGAACUAUUGAUAAAUUUUUGCUCAUAAAAUAAUGAAAAUCAAUUAAUUUUAAAUGAAAAUAUUAAUUUUUUAAUGUCUAAUUUAUAAUAUGAUAUAGGACAAAUAAAACUAUUAUGUGAAAUAUAUUAAAACAAUAAAACUCUAUUAAAGCAUAAAUUAGAUAAAAAAAUUAUUGAUUAAUUAACAAAUCUUAUAAUUACAUAAGGCAGAUAAGCUCAUUUUUUAGAAUUUUUUAUUACUUUAUAAAAAUACUAAAAUAAUGUAAAUUAUUAUUUAUAUAUUAAUUAUAUUUAUUAAUUUAAUAAUAAGUAUAUAUUUGAUAAUCAACUUUUAGUUUUAAAUACGUUUUUACCAUUAAACAAUAUGAGUUCUAAAGAAUUAAAUCUUUUAUAUGCAUAAGAAAAUUAAUCUUUAAAAUAAAAAAACAUUAUAUUUUAACUUGAUGAUGAGGAAUUUGAUGAACGAAAUAUUCCUUUUUUGGAAUAUUUCUUUGAAAAAAAAACUACUUAUAAAGAUGAGCCUUUUAAAUAUCACGCAAAAUUAAUUAGUAUGCUUUUAUAGACUACAUAUAUAAAGGUUAAAGGAAAUAAUGAUGAAAGCGAAAUUUUAAAUAGUAAGGAAAAUUAUAAUAUUUCUAUUGCAAAAUUAAAGACAACUCUUGAUUUAUAAUUUAUAAAAGAUUGCUUAACGGAAAAAGAUGAUUUUAUAUUAAGUAAUAUUAUUUUGGAUAAAAGAGAAAAAGGGUUUUCCUAUUUAAAACCAUUUAUUUUAUAAUUUAUUAAUUGUGUUUAUAUUUAAGGAGAUAAUUCAUAAAGUAUAAAUUUUUUAUAAUUUUUUUUUUUAAAUGUAUAUUUUAUAUAUAAAGAAGGAGAAAAUUAAUUAUUACUUUAAUUAAUUGAACUUAUAUUAAAUUUAGAAAAUAAAAGAUUAAAUUAAAUUUAAUCUUAAAAUGAUUAUCAAAUUUAAUAUUUAGAUUAUUUAUUUAAUAAUUUACUUGCUUUAUUAUAAAAUUAUUUUAAUAAAUAUUUAUUUAAUUAUAAUUCGAAAUUAGAAUCAGAUAGAAAAGAUUAUUAUGUAAAUAAAAAAAAUUAAAAUAAAUAAAAUAAUAAUAAUAAAAAAAAAAGUAAUUGA